GCGAAAGAUCGCAACGUUCAGGCAGGCCUCUCAAGGCAACCUCGUCGGUGUUCGAUCCGCCGUCGCCGCCGCGCUACGCCAGUUGCCCAGGUCUUCUUCGGUGCCUUCUCCGGCGACAAGCAACCGCCAGUUACCAUGGCAGCGAUGAAUAGUGAUUUGGGAGGCUUAGGUGGCAGGCCUGCAAACCCACAAGCAAAUCCUUUUGGAACUGCCUUGCAUGGUGCUGGAUCAGGAUUGAUCCGUACUGGACUAGAAGCAUACGGGGGGAGGAUUAUAGAUUCAAGUUCUGAAUUUAUGCAGAGCAAUAUAACACAAUAUUUAUCCAACCCUCAGUACUACUUUCAAGUCAACAGCCAGUAUGUGAGGAACAAACUGAAGGUCAUCUUGUUCCCUUUCUUGCACAGGGGUCACUGGACAAGAAUAACUGAACCGGUAGGAGGAAGGCUAUCCUACAAACCUCCAGUCCAGGAUAUCAAUGCACCAGACUUGUACAUCCCCUUGAUGGCAUUUGGCACCUACAUUAUAGUUGCUGGGUAUGCUUUGGGUGUUCUUGGAAGGUUUACCCCUGAGGCGCUGACCCUACAGUUCUCUAAAGGGAUACUUGGCUGGUUUCUGCAAGUCAUGCUCAUCAAAGGUCUGCUGUACUCCCUGGGCAGCAGUGAGGCUCCAUUGCUGGACGUAGUGGCAUACGCUGGAUAUGGUUUCGCCGGCACUUCCCUUGCGAUGCUAGCCCGCAUCUUCUGGAGCUACCUGUACUACUUCAUCAUGCCAUGGUUCUGCAUCUGCACGGGAGUCUUCCUUGUGAAGACCAUGAAGAGGGUUCUUCUGGGCGGGCCAAGGAGCUACGAGAGGCACCCCAGCCGGAACCACUACUUCCUGCUCUUCUUGGCGGCUGUGCAGUUCCCUAUGCUGUUCUGGCUCAGCAACAUCAGCGGCUGAUCUUUAAUCCUAUGGACUAUGGUAUGACCGUACGUCAUUUCAAAGAGGCUGUUAGCAGAAUAGACCUUGUGGUACUUCUUGCUUGCUGAUAAUCGAGGAGUGGGCAAGCAAAUGAAAGGACGUGUGAGUACCUCUUUUUGUUUCGUUGGAGGCGAAAGUAACCAUGAUCAUUUGGGAUAGGAUGAAGAUGACCGUGUAUUCUAUUUGGAUCCUUCUUACCAUCUUAUGCCUUGUGUACGCUCUAAUCUGACUUGUUUUUUUUUAUCUGAUCAUAAUACUACUUGAUUUUUCAGUUUUGGUUGGAUGUAAAAAAAUGAGACCGGCUUAGGGGGACUAGAUGUUUUUUUUUUCAAUUAUAUAAGGAAUUAAGGAAAUAAGCACCCAGUGGUUAACCACAGCCCAACCAAUUGAGGUAACCUCGCUUCAUAUUUUUGUUUCGGUAUAUAUGUUAACACCAGGUAUGUUUUGUGAUGAGUUGUGUGAGCUGCGUGAUUUUUUUGGAUGAUCUCUAAUUAUUUUGCUUUCCAGAGUUCGAACUUGGAAGGAGGCAGGCAGGGAGUUCAAACUUCGUGGAUGGUCUCUAAAUUGUGAAUCGAUAGAAGUGGGUUCACAUACUUGAAGAGCAUAUAUACCUAGAUUUUUUUUCCCUUUACUGUAACUCCAAAGAAUUUUUUUUUUAUUUCCCGUGAUGAAUAUCCACAAUCCUCGAGAACACAUGCAUGAUCAUAUGAUCUGCUCGAGACCCUUCUAUUACUUUUGUUUAGGCCUUCUUCUUUUUUUACCAUGAAGACAGGAUCAUAGGUUUUGUUCAGAAUUUCUUUUGCACGCGUCAAUAGCAUAUACUCCUUCACAAUA